AUGGAUUCUUUUCUUUUACUUCAAGCCAAAGAGGUUAUCCGAAAACUUGGCUCAAAGCCAAUUUUCCGUAUUUUUAGAAGUAAAGAUAUAUUGAUGCAAUAUUUUCCAUCUAUUCAAAGAAAAGAUCUCAAGAAUUGGGUUGAUUUAAAAUCCAUCAUGGUAAACCUAGAAAAGCGUAAAUAUAAAUCUAAGAAAGAGUGGAUUGCAGAUGUCUCGAUGGUAUGGAAGCCACUUUUAGGUCUUCAGCCUAUUAAUCAACUUUUAGUUGCUGUAACUCAUGAAUUUCGAAAUCUUGCAAUUAAAUUAGUGUCAGACAUACCAGAUAACGAACACCAACAAGAAAUCAAAUCAAUUCAAGCAAUUAUACAAGAAAUGAAUUUAUUGACUCAAAGAACUAUUAACCAAGAUUUAACAACCUGA